UGAGGGCCGUGAGGAGGAGGCGGCGGCCGCGGGAGCGUCUCUUCCCGGCCGGGGCUAUCCCGGCCCUGCCCGAUCCCCGCCUCGGGUUUCCCCGCGGCAAGACGCUGUCCGGCCGCCCGCUCCUCCUCCUGCCGCUGCUGCGGAAGUGCCCGGCUGGGAAGUUUGCGGCCGGCGACGGGGGGAGGCCGAGGGGCCUCUGUGGAGGUACGAUGCCGCCCAAGCGUCCCGGCAGAGGCAAGCUGCCAGUCCCGCUCCCUAAAGAUAUGAUCCUGAAAGACACCGAAGGAAAAACCUGGAGGCUGGGCAGUCAGAUCGGCCAGGGAGGAUUUGGCCUGAUCUAUUUAGCAUCCCCUCAGACCCAGGUUCCUGUAGAAGAUGAUGCAGUGCAUGUCGUUAAAGUGGAAUAUCUUGAAAAUGGCCCCUUAUUUUCUGAGCUCAAAUUUUACCAGAGGGCUGCAAAACAAGAGCACAUAAGAAAAUGGAUGARUCUCAAAAAAAUAAGAUGUUUAGGAAUUCCAGUGUUUUGGGGAUCAGGCCUGGCUGAGUACAAGGGAAAAAGCUACAGGUUCAUGGUCAUGGAGAGAUUGGGAGAAGACCUUCAAAGAAUCUUUCAAGAUUGUGGAAGCAAGUUUAAGAAGGAGAUUGUUCUGCAACUUGGGGCACGAAUGUUGGAUACUUUGGAAUACAUACAUGAAAACGAGUAUGUCCAUGGUGACAUUAAAGCAGCAAAUCUACUUCUGGGCUACAGCAAUCCACAUGAGGUUUAUCUUGCAGAUUAUGGACUUUCCUACAGAUAUUGUCCCAAUGGGAACCACAAACAGUAUCAGGAAAAUCCUAGGAAGGGCCAUAAUGGGACAAUAGAGUUUACCAGCAUAGAUGCCCACAAGGGAGUAGCCCCAUCCAGACGAGGUGACCUUGAAAUCCUUGGCUACUGCAUGCUGCAGUGGUURUGUGGGAAGCUGCCCUGGGAGCAGAACCUCAAGGACCCUGUAGCUGUCCAGACUGCAAAAACAAAACUUAUGGAUGAGCUCCCAGAUUCAGUGCUGAGGUGGGAUUCUCUUGGAAGCAGCUGCCGUGAAAUAGCCAUGUUUUUGGCCGGCGUUUCUAGCUUAGCUUAUGAUGAGAAGCCCAAGUAUCAAGCACUGAAGAAAAUCCUUCUGGAUGGCCUGCAGUCAAGUGGAAUGCGGUACGACGGCCCUCUGGAAUUUUCCACGGCAGCAGCGAGCRCACGGAAUCGCUGUGCUGCUAAGGUGAACAAAGUUCGCSUCCCAAAAUCUCCACCAAAAUCAGCUCUGCAAAAGGGAAAAAAGCUGGAAGAGGGAGAACCUGCGUGUGAAAACAAAGUGUGGAAGCGGGUAACAGGCACACAGCCCCUGGGAGAAGAGAAAUCAAGUAAACGAAACAGGAGGCCUCCCCAAGCAGAGCCUCAGCAGUUACUCUUACCUCAACAGGCUCCCUUGCCCAGGCCUUCACCAAAGCCAGUGCAGCAGAGGGAAAACAGAAGGCACAAGGAUGACUCCAGCUGCCUGAGCAGGCCCCACACCCGGGCACCACGCCARCAAUUCCAGGUGGAAGAGAAGCCACUUAAAUUUUACAGUACACAGCAGGAGCCUGAGAACCCCAAAAAGGAAGACACUGCAAGAGAGCUGCCACCAUUUGACCCCUACAGAAUACUCACAGAAUCCCAAAAGAAACACAAUGACCUUGUAACUCCCAUUCCUCCAGCAGCAUCCCAGGCUGGUGCUGACACYGCUCUUCCUUCUCUCUCUGCUGUGUUUAGGCUGGCAUUUACUGAUGAAACCUACCCCUACACUGCAGCUGUUCUGGUGCUUCUGGUGCUCAUUGCACUGUCCUUGUAUCUGCUUUGA